UCUACAAUUCCUUCAUACAUAUGCAGCAUUAUGCAUAUGCAUAUGCGUACAGGGAACGGUCAGAUAUUAAUAUUUUGUGAUAUUAUUUUGGGAACUGGUGCAGAACAUGCAGUAUGUCCUUGUGGGGGCUUGUGGUUAGAUUUUUCAUGUACACUUCCACAGCGUUUUGUUGGUUCAAUAUUGAUUGAUCGUACUGAUUUUCGCUUUCUUAUGAAACAGUCAGAACAGAAAAAUGGUUUGUCCUCCAUGAUAAUGUAAUACAGUCUACAGAACUUCCUGAGUUUUUGUCAGUGGUUUUAUUAGCGCCACUGAAAUUCUAAUCAUGGCGGAUUGGUUUUUAACUGCCAUCUCCUGCCUGGUAACAUUUAUCGUCACAAACAUCCUCCGAUUAGAUGCUGAUCCAUUGAUCAGCUACUGGAAUUCGUCCGUAUCCUUGAUAGGAUGCCUUUGUGGUUUCUUCGUUGCGGUUAGGUUUAAUUUUAGCUGGACAGAUUUUCUCAGGAUAUGUGGGAUCGUGAGUAAUGGCUCAUCGCGCAUAUCUGUACUGAAGCUUCCACCGCUCGCGACCGAUGUCUACGGGCCGUACGGGAAUAAACGUCAACCGGACACUGUGAAGCCUUCCACGAACGAUGUUGACGAAAUCGAAGAAGCUCUGGGAAAAAUUAUUCAUACGUUCAAUGCUUGUCCAGUGUGCAACAAAAACAGAACCGAAGGAACCCACACCCAUCGACGCUCCGUGGUGAUGACGCGAGUGGACGGUGUGUUUGGCUUCUCUUAUUGCCUGCUGAAUGGCAAAUGGUUUCUUCAUAAAUGAACUGCAGUCAGGAAGAGGCUUGGAGAAAUUGCUGGUUGUGGGAGAUCGGAUUCUGUUUGUGAAUAAUAAGGAUGUCACGAAUUUAAACGCUCAGACAUUUCGGAAUGAAAUCAUCAGCACACCGUCUAGAUUGUCGCUAGUCGUGGAAUACAAGGAAUGCCUAACUUUGAAAUUAGAACGCAUUUGGGCUCAGGAAAGUGGGAAACAAUGUGCGCAGCGACUACUGGAAUUUCGUGAACAGCUCUGCAACAGAAAAGCAGCACGAACACGGGACGUUCAAGGUCCUCAGAUUUCUGCCGACAGUGUUGCACCACCGUCGGGCGGAUCAUUUUCGCAGUGUACUGAUGUUAGUCAGACUGCUGAUUCAUCUUUGACUCCGACCGCUGCGUGUCCCGCCGUGCCGCUUUGCAGACAGCGAUUCCAGCGGUACCUGUGCCCUCGUCAUGCGCUCCAGCUGUGCCAUCCAUGGGUACCUCGGUUUCUUCGGCGGUUUUCCCAAAUGUCGACGCACCUCCCUUCAUUCCGAACCGCCAGUCUCAGAAGAAUGUCACCUGCGCACCGACAGUGCUCCUCCAGCAGCAUGGCAAAAUGACGGAAAGGAAUGCUGGUUUUCUUUGGGAAGCCCGUGCCGGCAAUAUGAAGAAGGUGCAAGAAUAUCUACGGCAGGGUGCCGAUAUCAACGCCACCAACGCUAAUGGUCUCAAUGCGCUUCAUCUUGCAUCAAAAGAACGUCAUGUCGAGCUUGUCAGACUCCUGCUGAAGCACGGUGCCUCCGUUGAUGCAGCUACUAGAAAGGGGAAUACCGCGCUGCAUAUUGCAUGCUUGGCUGGACAAUACGAGAUUGUUCGUAUUCUGAUCGAACAUGGUGCCGCCGUCAACGUGCAAUCACUGAUCGGUUUUACACCUCUUUAUAUGGCCGCACAGGAGAACCACCGCGAUAUUGUUAAUCACCUGCUCGAAAAGGACGCUAACCCGAGCCUAUCCACCGAAGAAGGUUGUACGCCCUUGUCAGUGGCCUCUCAACAGGGCCAUGAUGAGAUAGUUAGUAUCCUCCUGGAAAACGGCAAGGUCCGCUUGCCAGCGCUCCACAUCGCUGCAAAGAAGGAAGAUGUGAAAGCGCCUGUAUUGCCCAUAAACGCCGAUGUCAUAUCAGAGAAUAACCGUCGACCAGACGAACGGACGGAAGCUGUCACGCUUCCCCCAACCAAUGUGGAUGAAAUAAAGGAUGCUUUGGGAAAGAUUAUGCUUGCGUUUAAUGCUUGUCCGGUGUGCAAACAAAAUAAAAGCGAAGGAACGCACACCCAUAGACGCUCCGUGGAGAUCACUAGAGUGGACGGCGAUUUUGGCUUCUCCGAUAGUCGUGUCAGUGACAAAUGGUUCUUCAUAAGUAAACUGAAGCCAGGAAGAGAUUUGGAGAAUAAACUGGCUGUGGGGGAUCGGAUUUUAUCUGUAAAUAAUAAGGAUAUCACAAACUGGGACGUUCAGUGUUUUCGGGAUGAAAUCACUAGGACACCGACUACGUUGUCGCUGGUUGUGGAAUACGAGGAACGUCUGGUUGAAAAAUUACAAGGUAUUUGGGGUCUGGAGCGUUUGAAGGAGUGUGCCCAAAAACUGAAGCAACUCCCACGCUACAACAGCAGAAAAGCAGAAAGGAAACCAGAAGGGCAUGCUUUGCAAGGUGUUGCCGGUCAAGGUGCGCAAACUUUGUUUGAAUCACUUUCGCAUGCUAAUGAUGCUUCCCAGUCUGCUAAUUUACCAUUGGCAUCGGCCGUUUCCUGUCCCCCAAAUGUCGUUUCACCGGCCGCGAUUCCAACGGCAUCCGUAUCCUUAGCAUCCGUUCAAACUGCCAUCUCCACGGACCCGUUAAUUUCCUCCGCAGUUGCCCAGUCUGCAUUACUAACGAAGCGGGAACAGGAAAUUUCUGGUUCGCAGUGCGUCCCCGAAAGGAUUGUACCACCCACGAGCUCUUCAGUUUCUUCGGCAACUCCCCCAUCCGCGGCCGCAGCAUCGUCGGUUCCAAACCGUCCGUGUCUGGAGAAUACCGCGUACUCACAGAUUGCUGUUCCCAAGGCAUCUGUGUUACAAAAUGCACCGAUUGAAAUACGAAUCCCACUGGUUAUUCGUCUAUCUGUUCAAUCGGAAGUGGAGGCAGGAAGGGAAUCUCGUAUCGGUGUAACUGUGGUCUCAGAGCCAACAAGUGGCAGUGUAGCCACAGAAUGCGAGACUUCGGCACCACCGAAAGCCAGUGAUCCGGUGGGGAAAAGUGUUGAAACGACGGACAUCCCGAACACGGACACUGAUAAGCUGGCUGAGACAAGCCGGAAAAGUGUCAUUGUGUCGGCAGAAUAUAACUCUGCGGCACCGCCAGAUGCCAGUGAGCCGGUGGAGAAACAGGUUUCAACGACAGGCACUCCAAACACAGAAAACCCGGCUGAGACAGAGCGAUGUUCAGUGAUUGAUAGCUACUCGAAGGAUCAAAUUGCAUGCAGCAGUGACUGUGAAAGUGACGAUGAUAAAGAAAAAUUUGACGCGCUGGGACCACCGAAAACCAGUAAAGCUGUGAAGACGCUUGGUGUCGGUUUUACAAAUGUUGAAAAGAAAACUCGGAGCAACGCAGCUCCCGUCGACACUGCCGAAUUUCUCAAGCAAAUGCUGGGCCCUGGUUGGAAGGAAGAAUGGAACAAAUUAUGUUCAAACGCGAGAGAGCGAGGCGCAUUUAAAGCUCCUGAUUUGGCCGCCCAGUUGCAGUCCGCGAUGGAACAGCUAUGUACUCCGAAGAGGGAAAACUGUUCUCCACCUCGCCGCCAUCACAUUGGCGAUAAAAUGUACAAGCAGUUUGGAGUGAUCUAUAGCAGUCAAGGCGUUGUAGAUGCUGUAGCGUAUUUACCGUACCGUGACGCAGAAGUCGACUUCCGGCGACUGAAGACCCAGACUGGUUUGCAUGAUCUGAUUGCUGCCGACACGCUCCCACAGUUGGACUUCGAGACGGUUUUGGUAUCGCUGACAGACUCGAUAAACAUUUCAGAGUUCGAUAAUUUACCCAAAAGCGUUCAACGGUACGUAACUGCUUCACGCAUCAAGCGUCAUGGAGGCGGGGAAGCCUGGCGAGCUCCAAUUUUCGAAUGCCAAGCGACCUUAUGCAGUCGGAAAAGCAAAAGUUGGAACAAUAUUACUCCGGGAAAAAUUCGUUUUGGUCGGACGGGCGGUGAUGACGACAGCCCGUAUUAUGUGGAAUUUGUUGAGUAUGGUGGUAAUCCUUACCGAGCAGCGUUGCCGUUGGCCUUCGAUAUUAUCACUGCUGACACUUCCCUCACCGUGGACGCGACAUAUGGUAUGCUGAAGUGGAAUGUGGGAAAUAAAAGUGACACGGAAGUGAAUGCGGGCGCAUUUGAAGUUAUCAUCCAGGAUCAUGUGUCGCUUGAGAAAUGUCGGAUGAUCUUCUUGGAUGGACGAAAAACCGCUCGGGAUAAGUUACCAGCGCCAUUUGCUACUGCUACCUUGCCCAGUGGCGUAAGCGGUAUUCAGUUUUGGGGAGUAAACUGCUGUGGCUUCCCUAAUACUUAAUAUUUUUUCAGUAUUAAAGCGGUUCUUGUCCCUUUACUUCUGUCAGUGUUUUACCAAAAAUAAUUAUGCACAAAUUUACGCGUUCAGUGUACAGAAAUUUUAGCGUGUGAGUGACCGUGUAUUGACGUGGAGUUGCCUCGCGCAGUUUUCAUUAUUACAUGAUGUUGUUUUGCCAUGAUGCUGUUUUGUACAUUUCUUCUUAACGGUCGGCUGCCUAAUGAUUCGAACUUCGACUAGGAAGCCACUACAAAUUGAAAAUGCG